AUGUUUAUAGCGUCUCCGGUGAAAACGAACUUAUACGGCGUCGGCUUAGUGAGAUCUCCGGCGUUUCCCGUACUUCCACGUAGGCUACAACACCGAGUUCCUCUCUCCAGACAAGUUCGAGCUGUGAUCUCGCGGGAAGAAAAGGCGGUGGAUCAAGAAGAUGAGAAAAGUAUAAACAGAUCAGUCGUAUAUAGUAGCUCUCCUGCGUUUCCAUGGCAGAGAUCUAAGUAUACAGGAACAAAAACGGUUAUGGCGGUCGUGAAGAUCAGGAAGAAGAUGAGGGAGAAGCUAACCGAGAGGCUCGGGCAUCAGUUUGAGCUUUUAAUGAAAGCUGUCGGUCAAGGGAUGUUGGUUCAGCUUGUUAGUGAAGAUAUAGAUCCUGAAACUGGUUCAGGUAGGAGGAGUUUAGAAACUCCAGUGCUAGGACUCCCCAAGGCUCGGAAUGAUCCUAGAAACCUUGAGUUCACAGCCACCUUCACUGUACCGACUGACUUUGGUAAACCAGGUGCCAUUCUUGUCACCAACCUCCUUUCCUCAGAGAUUUGCUUGUCGGAGAUUAUCAUCCGUGACGGAAGUGACACCAUUCUCUUCCCUGGUAACACUUGGAUCCACUCCAGGAAUGAAAACCCCGAAGGCAGAAUAAUCUUCAGAAGUCAACCAUGCUUACCUUCCCAGACUCCUGCCGGGAUCAAAGAACUACGAGAAAAGGACUUGAGGAGUGUCCGUGGUAACGGAAAAGGCGAAAGAAAGCCUCAUGAGAGGAUCUAUGACUACGAUGUUUACAACGAUUUAGGCGAUCCACGUAAAAAAGAUCGAGUUAGGCCUAUUCUUGGUGGACCAGAGAGGCCGUAUCCAAGACGCUGCAGGUCUGGCCGGACUCUCGUUUCAAGAGACCCACCGUGUGAGAGCAGAGGAAAAGACAAGGAUGAGUUUUAUGUUCCAAGAGACGAAGAGUUCGAGGAUAUCAAGAGAGACACUUUCACAGCUGGGAGAUUAAAGGCUCUCUUUCACAACCUAGUCCCAUCUAUUGCAGCUGCAUUGUCAAACUUAGACAUUCCAUUCACAUGCUUCUCGGAUAUCGAUAAAUUAUACAAAUGUGACAUUGUCUUGAGACCCACGGAACCAAAAGACACAGGUCUUGGGGGCUUUUUUGGUAGUUUUGUGGAUGGGAUUCUUAACGUUGGAGAAACACUACUAAAAUACGACACACCAGCCGUUAUAAAAUCGGACAGGUUUGCAUGGCUGAGAGACAAUGAAUUUGGACGUCAGGCUCUCGCUGGUGUCAACCCUGUGAACAUUGAACUUCUGAAGGAGCUGCCAAUUCGAAGCAAGCUUGACCCGGCUGUAUAUGGACCACAAGAAUCUGCUCUCACAGAAGAAGUGAUUGCUAAAGAAGUUUUACACUAUGGAAUGACUUUGGAACAGGCGUUUGAAGAGCAGAGGUUGUUUCUAUUGGACUACCAUGACAUGCUCUUACCCUUUGUAGACAAGAUAAACUCCCUCAAAGAAGAUCCAAGAAAAACAUAUGCUUCAAGAACAAUCUUCUUCUAUUCAAAGGCGGGUGCACUGAGGCCGUUGGCUAUAGAGCUCUCCUUGCCUCCUACACCGGAUAACGAGAACAAAUUUGUUUAUGUGCAUGGACAUGACGCUACCACUCACUGGAUGUGGAAACUAGCCAAAGCUCAUGUCUGCUCAAAUGAUGCUGGUGUUCAUCAACUAGUGAACCACUGGCUAAGGACUCACGCUUCCAUGGAGCCAUACAUCAUUGCUACUAAUAGACAGUUGAGUACAAUGCAUCCGGUUUACAAGCUGCUUCACCCUCACAUGCGCUACACGCUAGAGAUCAAUGCACGUGCACGUAAGAGCCUAAUCAAUGGAGGAGGAAUCAUCGAAAGUUGCUUCACUCCAGGAAAAUACUCGAUGGAACUAAGCUCUGCGGCAUACAAGAGUAUGUGGCGGUUUGACAUGGAAGGACUUCCUGCUGAUCUUGUUCGAAGGGGAAUGGCAGAGGAGGAUGCUUCAGAGGAAUGUGGUGUGAAGCUUGUGAUCGAAGACUAUCCAUACGCAGCAGAUGGUCUUUUGAUCUGGAAAGCCAUCAAGAACCUAGUUGAAUCCUAUGUGAAACACUUCUACUCUGAUACUAAAUCCAUAGCCUCUGACUUUGAGCUCCAAGCUUGGUGGGAUGAGAUCAAGAACAAAGGUCACUACGACAAGAAAGACGAGCCUUGGUGGCCUAAACUCAACACAGCACAAGACUUGACCGAGAUCCUAACCAACAUGAUAUGGAUCGCCUCAGGACAACACGCAGCCAUCAACUUUGGUCAGUACCCGUUCGGAGGGUACGUCCCGAACCGACCUACGCUGUUGAGGAAACUUAUACCACAAGAAAACGAUCCGGAGUACGAAAUGUUCAUGAGAAACCCUCAGUACAGCUUCCUAAGCUCUUUACCGACACAACUCCAAGCGACUAAAGUGAUGGCGGUGCAAGAGACGCUCUCGACGCAUUCCGCUGACGAAGAGUACUUGAUCGACCUGAAAGAGAAUCAGAGACGUUGGUUUCAAGAUGAGGAAGUGGUUAAGUAUUUUAGCAAGUUUUCUGAGGAGCUUGAGGAGAUAGAGAAGAAGAUAAACAAGAGAAACAAAGAUAAGAAACUGAAGAACAGAACAGGUGCUGGGAUGCCUCCUUACGAGCUACUUCUACCUACUUCUCCACAUGGAGUCACUGGCCGUGGUAUUCCAAAUAGCAUUUCCAUAUAGUUUAUGUGAUUAUUAUGUUGUAUGGGUUUUUGUUUGGUGGUAGAGUCCAUAUCUGUAAAAUAUAUAUGAGGAUUAUUAUGUUUUUUCCUUCUUCGUUUAUCAAUGUAUCAUGAUAGUAAUGCAAGAAGUUUUAUACUUGUAUCGUAUUGCAUAAAUUUAUAUUUUU